UCCAAUCGGCUUUUCCAUUGCCAUUUGUUGUAUCGUCUUGUGUAAUUCUUCUCUGGGUAGCGAGAAGUUUCCUGAAACCGUGCGAAUUUCUAGAGAGAGAAAUGGGGAAGCAGCCGGUGAGGAUGAAGGCGGUGGUCUACGCCCUAUCGCCCUUCCAGCAGAAGGUGAUGCCGGGCCUCUGGAAAGAUCUCCCCGGCAAAAUCGGCCACAAGAUCUCUGAAAAUUGGCUCAGCGCCACUCUCUUGCUUGGCCCUCUUGUAGGCACCUACUCGUAUGUCCAGUGGUACCAAGAAAAGGAGAAGAUGGAGCACCGAUACUGAAGUUGACGUGCUGAAAUUCUCGAAGCAAAACUCCAUUUUCGAAUUUUACCAGUCAAUAAGCUGCGUUUUGUUCGCCCUGCUGCUGCUGCGGUGGUCAUCUGUUAGUACUGAAGAUAUCAGUUUUUCUUGACCUUUAUCAUAUGUAUUAAUCGAAAUGCUUGAAGAUUCAUGACUUUGUUCUCGCAUUUUAUGAUUCCAUGGACAUAGAAUGAUACUGCAUGUUGUCUCUGUGACACAGUUGUUGCUUCCAUGGUCCGAUGCUUAGGGUUAAUUACAAAACUUCCCUUAAGGUUUGUCCAAA